ACAAAUUUAAUACUCUUGCAGCCUUGCCCAAAAAUGAAUUUGCCAAGUCAUCGCAAAGACGGCCGAGGACCACUAUAACGUCCCAGGGACACGGUGGGAGCAACGGAAGUGCAAGUAAGACCAACCGUCAAAGGCGGCGCAAAUUAGCUACAAUCGCCGAGCCCCCCCCCCCCCACCCCCACUCGAUCAUCAAUUACCAGCUUCCACCGAAUCUAGUGGUGUUUCUCCGAUCAACCUCCUACAUUUGAAUCGCCCUAAUGCCAUAUUACAUACACAUAUAAACAUAUUUAUGCCCAAUCAAUAAGCCGUGGUAAAGAGUCAGAGAAAGGAGUCGAAACAGGGGAAGAUGUGGGUAUUUUAUAUGAUAUCGCUGCCUCUAACCCUAGGGAUGGUGUUAUUGACUCUCAAGUACUUUGCUGGUCCUGACGUGCCUCGAUACGUCUUCUUUACCGUUGGCUACGCUUGGUUUUGCUCUAUCUCCGUCAUUGUUCUAGUUCCCGCUGAUAUUUGGACGACAAUAGUUGGACAAGGUAAUGGAGGCAUCUCAUUCUUUUGGAGCUGGUCAUAUUGGAGUACCUUUCUACUAACAUGGUUUGUUGUCCCGCUUAUCCAGGGUUUCGAAGAUGCUGGAGACUUUUCUGUAGUAGAAAGACUAAAGACGAGCGUACAUGUAAAUUUGGUGUUUUAUUUAAUUGUGGGAUCCAUUGGUCUCUUUGGGCUUGUUCUUCUCAUUAUUAUGCGGUUGCGGAAAAGUUGGAGUGGUGGCUUGCUAGGUUUUGCUAUGGCUUGCUCCAAUACUUUUGGGCUGGUUACUGGUGCUUUUCUUCUUGGUUUUGGCUUAAUUGAGAUUCCUAAAAGCAUUUGGAUAAAUGCUGAUUGGACCACUCGACGGAAGGUGCUUUCACAUAAAAUUGCCAAAAUGGCUGUGAAACUUGAUGACGCCCACCAAGAACUAUCAAAUGCCAUAGUUGUUGCUCAAGCAACAUCAAAGCAGAUGUCUAGACGUGAUCCUUUGAGGCCUUGUAUGGAUGUCAUUGACAAUAUGAUAGCGGAACUGUUCCGAGAAGACCCAUCUUUCAAACCUCAAGGAGGACGAUUGGGUGAAAAUGACAUGGACUAUGAUACAGAUGAGAAAUCAAUGGCGACGCUUAGGCGCCAUCUUCGUAUAGCUCGAGAGGAGUACUAUAGAUACAAAAGCGAGUACAGAACAUAUGUCACUGAGGCUCUUGAAUUGGAAGAUACAAUAAAGAAUUAUGAACGACGAGAUGCUACUGGAUGGAGAUUUGUUUCUAGCCUGAGGCCUGAACGGAUUGGGACAUUAGGAUCCUUUUUAGAUACAACAGAAUUGAUUUGGAGAUGCAUCCUUCGUAAGCAAUUGGAGAAAGUCUCAAGUAUCAUGCUUGGUUGCAUGUCAGCUGCAAUUCUAUUGGCUGAAGCAACUUUAUUGCCCAGAGGAGUUGAUUUAUCAAUUUUUUCUAUUCUCAUAAAAUCUGUCGGGAACCAAGAGGUUCUUGUUCAGGUGUUUGCUUUUGUUCCACUGAUGUACAUGUGUCUGUGCACAUAUUAUUCGCUGUUCAAAGCGGGAAUGCUGAUGUUCUAUUCUUUGACACCAAGGCAAACAAGUGCAGUAGGAUUGCUAAUGAUAUGCUCGAUGGUCGCUCGUUAUGCACCCCCAAUUUCUUAUAAUUUUCUUAACCUCAUUAGUCUUGAUGGUGGAGAGAAAACCAUUUUUGAGAAGCGAAUGGGAAACAUCGAUGAUGCAGUACCUUUCUUUGGGAAAGGAUUCAACAGAAUCUAUCCCCUAAUUAUGGUGAUAUACACACUGCUGGUCGCCAGCAAUUUCUUUGACAGAAUCAUCAGCUUUUUCGGAAACUGGAAGAUAUUUAGAUUCUACCAAUCAGAAGCAGAUGACCUGGAUGGUUUUGAUCCAUCAGGAUUACUAAUCUUGCAGAAAGAGAGAAGCUGGCUAGAAGAGGGAAGGAAAAUUGGUGAACAUGUUCUUCCCUUGGCAAGGAAUUUCAAUGGCACAACAACAAGCAUUGAUUUGGAGUCGGGAGGGAAUGACAAAGAUAGGAGCGUUGUUGAGAUGAAGACACCUAACAAUGAUCAUGAUGAUUUGAAGGGAAGCUCUUCAAGACUCUCUAAAACUGAAGUUCGAAGAUACUCCUCUGGGAGCAAGGAGGCCAUCACCAACAAAUAUGCUGCCUCCCUUAAGGAACAGAGCAACCCCUCUGCAAAAGUCUCUCUGCUUGAUACUGGGCCACCCGAUCCCAUUGGAAAAGGCUCAUCUGGUUUGGCUGCGAGAUGGGCGUCAAUGAAGGCUGGUCUCCAGAACUUCAAAACUAACAUGGAAGCAAAGAGGUUCACCCCAUUGCGUCAGGUUAGCGACUUCAUCCCGUUACGUCAGUCUCAAGAUGCCACUGCUCGCCUCUCCUCGUCUGAGUCCCUGGAUGAAAUAUUUCAGAAGUUGAAGCGGCCACCUCCUGACUAUGAAUAUCCUGUCGAUGAGGAUGAUUUGGACAACAGAAAACCGGGGUCCCAAGAGGUGAUGUACAAUCAAUGAUAAAUAGCAGCCCAAGUUUGUAUAUUUGGCAAAACAUGGAUUGCUACAACCUACAUAUAUAUACUACAUAUUAUGAUUAUGAUGAUGUAUAUCAAGCUAAAAAAAUUGAAACAACGAAAUGGUCAAAGGUUCCACUCAGUAACCAUCAUUAUACAUUUUGCCUGUAGAGACGAGCCUGGUCUGGUUCCAGGCCAUUUCUCGUCCCGGACUGGCUGGUCCUGGGGAUGGG